UUUCACCAAGAUGGCGCCGAAAGCUAAGAAGGAAGCUCCUGCUCCUCCCAAAGCUGAAGCCAAAGCAAAAGCUUUGAAAGCCAAGAAAGCAGUGUUGAAGGGUGUCCACAGUCAUAAAAAGAAGAAGAUCCGCAUGUCACCUAUCUUCCGGCGACCCAAGACAUUGCGGCUCCGGAGGCAGCCCAAAUAUCAUUGGAAGAGCGCCCCCAGGAGAAACAAGCUUGACCAUUAUGCCAUCAUCAAAUUCCCUCUGACCACUGAGUCAGCCAUGAAGAAGAUUGAAGACAACAACACACUUGUGUUUAUUGUGGAUGUCAAGGCAAACAAACACCAGAUCAAACAAGCUGUAAAGCUCUAUGACAUUGAUGAGGCCAAGGUUAACACCCUGAUCAGGCCUGAUGGAGAGAAAAAGGCAUAUGUUCGACUGGCUCCUGAUUAUGAUGCUUUGGACGUUGACAACAAAAUUGGGAUCAUCUAAACAAAGUCCAGCUGUCUAAUUCUAAAUAUACUUUCUU